GUUAUAAAACUGUCACUUUGCGCAUAUACGAUCUCGUCGCUUUAAUUUCACUUCGUCUAUCUAAACAAAGAAAAUAGGAUUUUUUACGAUUCUGCGGUUAUAGUUUUGAUAUAUGUAGUAAAGUUGUAGCGUCGAAGCUACAUAUGUCACACGAUAUUAGGUCUUGGUAAGGAAGUUAACAUUUAUGGAGUCGAUUCCUCAUGUUGUUUUUAUUCAUACGAAGGCACUAAAGUGGCGGUGUUUUCGCUAAGAUCUUUUCAAAGACACUAUCACAAAUUUACGAAGUGUAAAGUAUUGAGCAACCACUCGCACGUCUACCUUUAACUAAGGAAGCGAAUACAUUAUUUUAUAUCUAGAGUACAUAAAAUAAAAUUAGUAUGCAGACACUUCAUCCAAUUACCAGUUCAAUAGUCUUGUCGCCUAUAAAAGCUCGCAACAAUACAUUUUCACUAUCAGUCAUCUAUUAUCACCCAUCGUCAUGACUUUGAUGUUCUUUAUCUUCGCCACGCUCAUGGCUUUAGCCAGGGGUGGACUCAUUGCGGCACCUGUCGCUCCUGUUGCUGUGCCCAGUCCUUUAUACUCGUUUGCGUACGACGUAAAGGAUUCGCUAACAGGUGAUUUCAAAAGCCAAGUUGAAACUCGCAGCGGAGGAGUCGUUCGAGGACAAUAUAGUGUUAUCGAUCCUGAUGGUACAAAACGCAUUGUGGAUUACACCGCCGAUCCUAUUCAUGGUUUCAACGCCGUCGUCAGGAAAGCUCCCAUUGUAAACGUCGUUCCUCCGGUAGUGGCACCAGCUCCGGUCGUACCGGCGCCGACCUUAGCCAGGUUCGCGCCGGUUAUUCCGAGACCCGCGCUGGGAAUCCCGCCACCAGUGGCAUAUUUUUAAUUCAACUCAGUAUUUAAAAGCUGCCCAGUAUUGUAUUUAUUAACAUUAAGUACCCAUUAUCUGUGUUAUUUUUUAUACAAUAAAAAUGAUAUUUUAAAGCAA